GGAAAAAGGCGGCAAUAGAUUCACCAAGCCCCAGCAGCCAGACCCAUUGAACCAGACACAGUCGCCGACGAACAAAGAACACAACGUCCCCCAGUCCUCUUCCAAGGCUUCCGCAGUCAGCCAUGUCGUCUAUGGUGGCCAAAAUGCGCUCCCGUUCGGGGUCCAUCCAGGACCUCGACGCCUACUUCGCCGCCCUGGUAAUGAAUCAGGGCCGCGAGCAGACCCUCACAUUCUUUGUGGGGGUCGACGGCUCGGAGGCCUCUCACCAGGCUGUCGACCUCGUCAUGAAGUACUCGAUGCCCAAAAGCAAGAAUAGGUGGGCAGACCAACACACGAGGGAGGGAAUGGAGCUGUUUCACCCCGUGGGGCCUCUCAGUCUCUGCCCGUGCAUGUCUUCAGGAUGGUUGUGGCUCAUGUCUAUGAUGAGAGCAAGACAUAUCUUCCCCGCCCCAUGCAACAGGCGGUCCUCUUGGCGGAGAUGGAAAACCGCCUCAUCACUUCGUUUCCCGCGGCGCGAUACGAGCUCAAGUGGACCGCAAAACGACCCGAGCACGGCAUCAAAGAGGAGCUGGUGCACUCGGCAAACGAGACCAUGGCGGGUGGGUGGGUCGAUAUGGAUACGCCGCAGACACCAAUAGAACAUACAUUUUCCAUACAUGAAUGGCCUCUUUGGUGUGUGCCAGACUUCGUUGUGGUCGGCUUCUACGGUCGGAAGGGCCGCAAGGUUGACCACAGCAUCGGUUCUUCGGCUGACUACUCGAUGAGGAACGCCAGCGCGUCGUCUAUUGUGGUCAAGGAUACUUCUCCUCUCAUGAGGGACAUUGCCGAGGAGAGGUUCGAUGGCAAUCACCCAAGGCCGAUCAAGUUCCUCGUCGGUAUCGACAACAGCAACGCUGCACUCAAGGUAACCAAGGAAAGAGACACGGACGGAAUGGUACGGUCCCCCCUUGUGUGUAUCGAUGUGUGUGUUGCAGGCUCUCCAGGAUGUGAUGAAACUGUCCAAGAGCCUUCAGGACCCCAUUGUGAUGGUUCAUAUCGCGCCACAGGAGCAGGAAGAUCUGCCCAUCGGCUGCACAAAGGAUGUGAGUGAGGAAAGGGCACCUGCCAGCCUGUGUCUCUAUGCGAAUGUGUGCAUGUGCGCCGCGGUCUUUUCUGCCUUGCAGGCGAUACUGGAUAAGUUCGAGAACAUUCGGAAGCGCUUCCUUGCGCAGAGGCCAAAUGUCACCAUCAGAAUCGUCAUGAACACACCUGGUAAGAGAGAAACAGGAGACACACGCGGCAUGUGAUGUGAGAUCACACACUUUUGGCUGCGCCUGCUGUCUGUACGUCCACAGGUCAGACCCUCUCAGAGCACAUAUUGGAGGAGGUCGACAAAGAGGAGGCCGACUUCGUCGCCCUUGGAGCAGACGCCAUGAAGGCGAAGGCAAAGGGGAAGAACGCCUACUACUUGGGGUCAAUCUCCGACCACUGCGUCAAGCAGGCCACCUGCAACGUCAUUGUCAGCCACUCGGCCUAGGCAACAUACAUAGCACAUGUCGUAAUGCACACAUGACGAGGGAAGGAGGGAGAGGGAGACGGGAUGGGGGGAAGAUACACAAGGAGGGCUGGACUCCCGGGGCUGUCCUGUACAUAUCUUUUUCUCUGACUAUGCUGCCGCUGUUGUUUGUCAAGUGAAGUGCCUUACUGUCCCUGCGUCUGUAACGAAUGAAAUGUGCUGAAUCAUGCCGGUUUGGCGGGCGAGAAAUUCGAUAUCG